AGCGAGACGGCGGCCGUCAUCUCGUCCUACGGCGAUUCCGUGUCCCGCCUCCGACCCCCGCACGGCUCCGAGGCGCCGCCGGUGCCGGCCGAGCACCGCAAGUUCGUGGGUUACUACCGGAUCUCCCGCCACUACCGCUGGGCGCUGGGUCACGUGUUCCGCGAGCUGCGCUACCCGGCCGCCAUCGUGGUGGAGGACGACCUGGAGGUGGCGCCCGACUUCUACGAGUACUUCCAGGCCGUCUACCCGCUGCUGCUGGCGGACGGCAGCCUGUGGUGCGCCUCGGCCUGGCACGACAACGGCAAGGAGCAGCUGGUGGACGCGGAGCGGCCGGAGCUGCUGUACCGCACCGACUUCUUCCCGGGGCUGGGCUGGCUGCUGACGGCGCGCCUGUGGGACGAGCUGGAGCCCAAGUGGCCGCCCGCCUUCUGGGACGACUGGAUGCGGCAACCCGAGCAGCGGCGGGGCCGGGCGUGCGUGCGGCCCGAGGUGUCCCGCACCGUCACCUUCGGCCGCAAGGGCGUCAGCCACGGCCAGUUCUUCGAGCAGCACCUGCGGCACAUGGCGCUCAACCGCCGCUUCGUGCCCUUC